AUGGAACAUCUGAAUACUACAACAAACGAUCACUCGGGGUUCGAAGAUUCAAGCAAUAAAGAUGAUGGCAAUAAUGAAGAAGAAGAUGAUAAUGAAGGAGAAGAAGAAGUAUCUGGCAUGGAUUUUGCUGAUAGUAAGAAAAUUACGGGUAGAAAGUGCACCAUGGAUUAUGAUGAAGACACACCGAUAAAAGAAGUAGCAAAAACCUACAUCCUCCAUUACCUUCCCGCCAAAUCAUUAGCCAGGUGUCGUCUUGUCUCUAAAGAAUGGGAUUCAUGGAUAUCAAGCCCAUUCUUCAAACACUCCCAAAGUCAACAUUUUAGUCAAACUUCAGGCUUUUUUCGAGAUGAAGAUAAAACUACUACUUGCUUCAUCUCUCUUGACUACUUCUCUUAUGGGGUUCCUUACCCUUGUUUAUCUUUCCUCCCAAAAAAAGCUUUCAUAAAAAGCUCAUGCAACGGGUUGCUUCUUUGCCAAUCUUUUGAAGAUGAUGAAAAUUACGUUUGUAACCCUGCAAACAAACAGUGGAUUGAGCUUCCAAAAUAUAGCUUCUACCAUGGAAAAGAACCAAAAAAGUGUGAGGAACCCAUUUUGUAUUUUGACAUAUAUGAUUCAAAGACAAAAUCAUGGAGGAUUUGUGAUGAGAUAUGUACGGAUUUGAAUGAAUCUGAUAUAAAAACCGAUGGCAUUUUCGUAAAUGGAGUUGUUUACUGGGAAACGACAGGUGGCAAAUUGUUAGCCUUUGAUAUGAAAAACAAGAUCUACAGUAUUCAAACACUCCCUGUAUUUGGUGGUGUGUUGUCGAAGGUACAUGGAGAGAUAUGUUAUGUCAAAGGGUAUUAUCGUCAUUCAGACAAAGAGUUCGUAUUAAAUGUUCAUCAUGGUGGUGGUUUAAUGACAUUGAAAAACACCAUCACUUUUGGUGUUCCUUGUGAUGAUGUUAUUGUUGAAAGUGGUAAUAAGAAGGUGGUCAAAUGCGAAAUUUUGGGUAAUUCAUGUGAUGAUGUGGUUGCUGUGAUUUUGAAGAGGUCUCAAUGGUACGAAAGUCUUUUUGUCUAUCAUGUCAAAGAUCGAAGGGUCGAGGGCCCCUGGUUUCUCCAACGGUAUUUUAAAAAAGGAUCGAUUUGUCACAAAUAUUAA